AUGAGGCACGGUGACCGUAUGGACCACUUCGAUCCCACGUGGGCGAAAACGGCGGACAGGCCAUGGGACUCACCGCUCGUAGAGAGUGGUUUCGCCAGGGCUUUUCGGACCGGCCGUGCGUUUCCAACCCUCCCGUUCCCAAUCCACCGCGUCUUGGUCUCUCCCCUCCUCCGCUGCGUCCAGACCGCCUCCGAAGUUCUCACCUCCCUUUGCGCCGUUGAUGAUGAUCCUAAUGCCAGGUCAUCACGAGACGUCGUUUCCCUCGACCCAUCCAAAGUCAAGGUUUCAAUUGAGUACGGGUUGUGUAGCACGUUAAAUACACCCGCAACUAGGCUUGAUGUUGUGCCCAAAAAUGGAAUCUUUCCUUUCGAUGUUUCCAAGCUUGAAGCUUUGUUUCCAAGUGGAACAUUAGAUCGUACAGUGGAACCAGUAUAUAACGAGGUAGUGUUUGACAAUUUUGAGCGUAGGCGAGCGUUGUUUUAUAAACUUUUUUCACUUCUUUGUCUGAAAAUCAUAGAUGCCGCUAUGGAAUAA